GGGUGCUAAGAUUUUGGAAGAAUUCAUGUUGCAGUUUUUGGAUGCUAUAAAUUUCUUUGUAUUUUUAAUGUUUCUUGCAGUGGCUAUUUGUUAGAAAAGAUGAAAGUGAACUGGGUCCUUUUCAUGCAUGGAAUAUAACUGGAACUUACCGAGGGACUUGGAAAUUUUUGGAGUCUACAAAUAGCUCUUCCAAAUUUCCUGAUUUCCGGAAAUUGGCUGGAGAUUCAGUUAUUGAAUUAGUUAGCACACCAACAAAAAUAACUGGUGUACAUUAUAUUCAGGGUGUAAUUAUUUUCCAUGAUGUGUUUGAUAAUGAACACAAUGUUGGUGGUGCUCAAAUAAGAGUAGAGGGUGUAUAUAUAUGGCCUUUCAGACAGCUUCGAAUGGUAGCUAACAGUGGAAAGGAGGGAGAAUUGAGCCAGGAAGAAGAUUAUAUUUUGUCCAAUCCAUAUCAUUUGCUUGGAGUUUUCUCAUCACAAGUGUUCCAAGAAUCUCCACGAGACAAAAUAUGGAGAAGAAAAAAUUCACCAGUUUAUGAGAUGGAGAAACAUUGCAAUAUAGAAAUUGCAGCCCAGAUUUCGCGCAUCUCAUCCACCCAAAAUGAUGGAGAUCGUGAUCGUUAUCACAUUGAAGGACUGAUGGAGAGUCCUGCAGUGGAUGAUGAUGGAGAUUGUUUCUCACCUUUAUUGUUAAAUGCCACUUCUGUCAACAUUGAAGUCUAUUACAACAAAGCAGUCAACUACACCUUAAUGGUCACCUUUGUCUCUUUCAUUCAAGUCCUUUUGUUAAUUCGACAAAUGGAACACAGCAACACUCAAUCAGGAGCUGCAAAAGUUUCAAUUUUGAUGAUUGGCCAACAGGCUAUCAUGGAUGCUUAUCUUUGCCUCUUACAUCUCACUGCAGGAAUACUGGUUGAAUCCUUAUUUAAUGCUUUUGCUACGGCGGCAUUCUUCAAGUUUGUAGUCUUCUCCAUUUUUGAGAUGAGGUACCUUCUCGCAAUAUGGAAGGCAAGUAGACCUAUGAACAAUAGUGAAGGUUGGGAGACAAUGAGGCGUGAGCUAUCAGUUCUGUACAGCCGAUUCUAUGGGAUCCUAUUAGGAGGCAUUUUGGUCAUGUACGAGUUUCAUAACUUUUUGCGGCCAAUACUUCUUCUUUUGUACUCCUUCUGGAUACCCCAAAUCAUCACCAAUGUUAUUCGUGAUUCAAGAAAACCUUUGCAUCCUCAUUACAUCUUAGGGAUGACUAUUACUCGACUAGCAAUCCCGUUAUACAUAUUUGGAUGCCCUCACAACUUUAUGAGAAUCGAGCCUGACAAGGGCUGGUGUAUCUGUUUGGGUGUAUUCAUUGGACUGCAAGCAUCUCUUCUUCUUCUUCAGCACUAUCUUGGAUCUCGAUGGUUUAUUCCUCGUCAGAUCCUACCUGAGAAAUAUAGCUACUAUAGAAGAUUUGAUCCAGAUACAAAUCAUGCUACAGACUGUGUCAUUUGUAUGACUGCCAUUGAUCUCACACAGCGUUCAAGUGAUUGCAUGGUAACACCAUGCGAUCAUUUUUUUCAUUCGGGUUGUUUGCAAAGGUGGAUGGACAUAAAGAUGGAAUGCCCGACUUGCCGGCGUUCGCUACCACCAGCUUAAAGAAAAUUUUCCACUGUCUAUAUAACAUAGGAUCCAUUGAUGAGCCCAACUUAUUCAUUUUGGUGGGAGAAAGAUUUCAGAACCCACUUUUUGCCUGGGUCCAUGUUUAGGAGAUGACUGAGAUACGGCACAAGCAAUUUAAAACUUGUUACUACUGACACUGCAACAAUUUGUAGGCAACAUUCUUGUAUUCAUUGUAUAAUUGUAUAAAUUUGAUACUCUUAGAUAUUUCAUACCAAGUACAAAUUGCCUCACCGAACAAAAA